UCGGGCUAAUCGCUGCAGGAUCGCCAAGAAAAAGUGGAGCUCAAGCGAGAUUUUUUUGGGGGGGGAUUUAUGAACUUUUGGUUUGCGUGUGUUUUCAAAUUAGAGAUGUAAAAAGGGUAUUCAAGUUGGAUAAAUACCUGAGUGAGUGGUGAAUGACUUCCGCUGGCCGUGCGUCCUCCACCCAGCGACACCCACGGAGAGCGGCAGCAGCAUCAGCCCGGCCGACAUGAACCUGAUCGGGGGCUACCAGCACCACCACCACCUCAUGCACGAACCUUUCCCGUUCGUGCAGCGCUGCCACCAGGACGCGCCUUACUUCCAGAGCUGGGUGCUCAACCACGGCGAGGUGCCGCCGGACUUCCAGAUCCAGGCUCCGUACGCGGCCGGGGAGCUGGCGCCGGCCGCGGCGCACGAUGCCCGCCUGGAGAGCCUCCAGGCGGGGAUGGCGAAGCGGCGAGCGUCGGGGCCCAAGAAGGAGCGCCGGAGGACGGAGAGCAUCAACACGGCGUUCGCCGAGCUGCGGGAGUGUAUCCCCAACGUACCGGCGGACACCAAACUGUCCAAAAUAAAAACGUUACGCUUGGCCACAAGUUACAUCGCCUACCUGAUGGACGUCCUGGCCAAGGACUCUGGAGAGACUGAGGGCUUUAAGGCCGAAAUUAAGAAAUUUGAGAACCGGGAUCUGAAAAGGAAGAGAGAGCUGAAUGAAGGCCCACAGGACUCCUUCGGUGCCGAGAAGAAGGUAAAGGGCAGGACCGGGUGGCCACAGCAAGUUUGGGCUCUGGAGCUCAACCAAUAACGUAAAAAACCCAAAAACAGACAAAACCACUUGACUGUACGUGAACGCAUCAUCUGUUGGAUCCCGCAGAAAAAAGUAAAGACAAAAGACUUUUUCCCUCUUCUUCUGGUGUUUAUUAAAUGUAUAAUAUUUAUCCCCUCCAUGUUGUCGUCUUGGUGUCGCAAACAUCCAUUGCAAAAACUAUAUUUGACACUAAGUUUAAAUUAUGGAAUAAAGUGGCGUGGAAGUGCAUCAGUAUAUGUUGUAAAAUGAGAAAUUUAAAUUAUUUUUUUCCA